AUGAAGGACACCAUCGAUAUUAUUUCUGCAAUCGAUGCCAAAGGUUUGGCAAGCCGAACCGAAUCAUACAUGCUGGGUAUUGCCCUCAAGAAAGUUGUUGUGUUUACUCAAUGGCUCGAAGAGAGCAUUACUCAGGAGACCUUUGCCAAGGAGCAUAAUUUCAUGGUCACCGGUGAUCAUAUAUCGGGAACAACAAAUGCACCACAACGGGCUUUGGAGAUGAAUGGGACGUUGUUGAAAGACAUUGCAAUCACAUUGUACGGAUUUUGGGAGAGCGAGGGGAAGGGGUAUAAGCAAAUGAAGGAGCGUGUUCAGGAUGUGAUCAAUGCUGCCGGUGGCACAGUGGUGCGGCAUCUACCCAAAUCAGCCAACACAAGUGAUACGAAUCUGGGAGACAUGCAACUCACGACAUUAAAGGAACGUGUUCUCCUAAUUCCAAAGGCAGAUUUCAUGAACACUCAAUACGGUCGACAAAUACAGAAAUUCCAGGUUCGCAAGGUGGAUUGGCUAUUUGAGCAUAUCGGUACAUAUCGACGCCCCCAAGUAAAGCCCACCAACCCAUGA